AUGGCUUCAAAUGCUGGUCCCUCGUGGAAAGUCAUAAAAAAGCACCGAGUGUAUCUGGAAGAACAUCUGUAUCCAUUUGCGCCGGACGUGCUCAGCCGUUCGGAUCAAGACGACAUCAUUCGGCGCAGGGAGUACGCACAGCUCCGAAGUGACACAGACCCAGUUGGACAGAUCAGACGCCUCAUCGACCUGGUGCUCGACAAGGGGGAGGACACCUGCAGCCAGUUCCUGCAGGAGGUGCUUCUGCCGCUGAGGUCCAGGAUCCCCCAACUGAGCGAGUGGGUCUCACGCCACCAGGAGGAUCUGCGCGGACUGGGCCUGACACUCGGCAAAGACGGGGACAGUGGCGUCCCUGGAGUGGCUCUUGGUAAACAUCUCGAAAGAUACAGGACUUACAUGAAGAGAGAAACCUCAUUUAUACAAGACUACCUGCCCGGAGAAACGAUAUUCAUACCAGAAAGAUUUGUGCAGCCUGUGUUGGUGUGUUACCACCGUAGGGGUGAGAGGAAGAGGCACGAAUUCCUUGACAGGGCCUGUGAGCAUGAGACGAUGAUGCAAGAAGCGAUUAGCAAUGGCAUGACCUUCCUGCAACUCUUUGACCCAAUGGAAUCCAAUGGAGAGCCGCCUCGACUGGUUGCUGUGGUUGGGGUUCCCGGCAUUGGUAAAUCCACUCUCAGCAAACUGGUUGUGUACAGGUUGGUGACAGAUGGCAACAUAUUCGAUCGGCGAUUCAAAGUUGUUAUCUACAUUCCAUUCAGAGAGAUGAGUGAUAUUGGCGAGGUGUCACUCGCAGAGUUACUGCGCACACUGAAUCCAAGUUUGGGAGAGAUGGCCAAUUAUGUAUUUGAAAAACCAGAGGAAGUCUUGUUUGUGAUGGACGGUCUGGAUGAAUUUGGGAGGCAUCUUGACUUCUCAAAGGCUUGUAAUGAUCCCCGCGAGAGAACAAAUUUGGAAGCGCUCAUUGCUGGUUUGGUAACUGGAAAGCUCCUCGCAGGAUCUUCUGUUUUGAUAACGACCAGGCCGAUAGCGAUGGAGAAGUUGGAUGCAGUGAGAGUUGACCGCUCAGUGGAGAUAACUGGGUUUUCUGUGGAAGAGAGAAAAUCGUUCUUUUGCAAAUUCUACAAGGACCCCAUCCUGGGAGAGAGAGCGUAUCAGCUUCUGGAGAAAAAUGCAACGCUGAGUGAUUUGUGCUACAAUCCCUCGUUCUGUCACAUGUCCGCCAUUACAAUUGGGGAUCUAAUAAAACGCCCGGGCAAUUCUGAAUUUGCCCUGAGGUCUACGACGGAUCUGUUUACACGUUACUUGUUCGUGCUCAUCAAACACCACACGGGUGAUUCAACAGAGACCAGCAAAAUCAUUGCAUCGCUUUCUAAAAUGGCUCUCGAAGGGGUCCAUGACAACAUGCAGAUAUUCACGCGCGCGCACCUUCAAAAGUUUGAGGUCACCAUUGCUGAAGGAUCGAGCACAUUCAUCAAUAAGGUUUUUAGAUGGGAUGGCAUCAGGCGCGACACGUUAUAUUCAUUUUCCCACCUGACAAUCCAAGAAUAUCUUGCCGCCCUGGCGGUGUAUUUGGAACAACCCAAACGUGGAUUCUUUGCGCCAGUCUCCGAGCUAAUAUGGCCCUCCAAGCACUCAGUUGCUCGUGUAAUCAAGGCUAUUGAGGACGACAAGGACGGGCGCUACGACGUGUUUCAGAGGUUCCUUUGCGGACUGGCCACAGAUGCUCCAUGGAAGAUCCUCGAUGGCAUUGUUGACCCUCCGUCUGUUGAGUCCCAGACGGCAAUCAACGAGUGGAUCACGCUGCACAACAGGACUACACGUAACCAGAACGGCCACCGGCUCCUCAGUCUGCUCCAUCGGCUGCACGAGCUGCAGGACCCGGGGGCACUGAGCGAGGCCACCGGCUCCAUGGCCGCGCUGGACCUCUCCUACACGAGGCUGUCCUCGCUCGACUGCGCCGCGCUCUGCUGGACGCUGCAGUUCCGGGACGAGCCCGUGCACCGCCUCAACCUGCAGAGCUGCGGCAUCGGCACCGAGGAUAUGAAGAGGCUCCAGCCUGCGCUGCACAGGUGUAAAGUGUUGCGGCUGAGUGGCAACAGCCUGACAGAGGGCAUACAACUGCUGGCAGACGGCAUGGUGGGGAGAGAAGGAAACUUGGAGACAUUAGAUCUGGAUUGCUGCUCACUGACGGACAAGUCAAGUUCUUCCCUCAGAAACAUUCUUGAGGCCAACGCAAAGUUGAAAAAACUUAGGCUGAGUGGCAACAACCUUACAGACAUCAUCCAACUUCUGGUGGAUGGGAUGGCGGGGAGAGAAGGGCGUUUGGAGAUGUUAUACCUGGAUCGCUGCUCACUGACGGACAAAUCAAUCGUGGGUCUUCAUGACAUCAUCAGCACCAACAGAGCAUUGUGGUGGCUCGGGGUGCGGGGCAAUGGCUUCAGUGAAGAGGGGAAGAUGGAACUGAAGGGCAAAUGGGCUCACAGAGGAGACUUGACGAUUUCCUUUAAUUACCUCUGA